AUGACUGAUAAGAGGAAGGAUAACUUACCAUGGGUUGAAAAGUAUAGACCUGAUUCAUUGGAUGAAGUGUUUGGUCAGCAAGAUAUUGUUGAUACCGUUAAGAAAUUCGUCCAUGAAGGUAGAUUACCUCAUUUAUUAUUCUAUGGUCCACCAGGGACAGGUAAAACGUCUACUAUAAUAGCAUUGGCCAAAGAAAUUUAUGGAAGUAAUUAUCGAAAUAUGGUAUUAGAAUUAAAUGCCUCUGAUGAUAGAGGGAUUGACGUGGUUCGUAAUCAAAUUAAGAAUUUUGCUUCUACUCAACAAAUAUUCAGUAGAGGGUUUAAAUUAAUUAUAUUGGAUGAAGCUGAUGCUAUGACUGCUGUAGCUCAAAAUUCGUUAAGAAGAAUUAUUGAAAAAUAUACUAAGAAUACAAGAUUUUGUAUCUUAGCUAACUAUUCACAUAAAUUGAAUCCAGCUCUUUUAUCAAGAUGUACCAGAUUUAGGUUUAACCCAAUUAGUGAAAAGGCUAUUCGAGAAAGAAUGUCAAAUGUGAUCAUCAAAGAGAAUUUAAAAAUUUCACCAGUAGCUGAAUCAGCAUUAUUAAAGUUGAGUAAAGGAGAUAUGAGAAGAGCAUUAAAUGUAUUACAAGCUUGUAAAGCUGCUACAUCUGAUGAUGAAGAGAUUAAUGAAGAUAUGAUCUAUGAAUGUGUAGGAGCACCUCAUCCACAAGAUAUUGAAACUGUCUUGGAUUCAAUUUUAAAAGAUGAUUGGACUACCGCAUAUCAAACGAUUAAUAAAUAUAAACAAGUUAAAGGGUUAGCAUUGAUAGAUUUAAUUAGUGGAUUCAUUGAAAUAUUAAAUCGAUAUCAAUUGAAAGCUACUACUAGAAUUGAAAUAUAUAAAGGUUUAAGUGAUAUUGAAUAUGGUAUUUCAAAAGGUGGCAAUGAAAAAAUUCAAAGUAGUGCCGUUAUUGGAGUAAUUAAAGAUGCUUUAGAAUGUGAAGCAAAGUAA